GAAGAACCUCGCAUGAAAUGCGCGAGUGGAGACAUUCACAAACAAAUGCGACGGAUCAGUUCAUCUGGCCCAGGUUCUGCAGGUGGUACUGAGCAAUUUCAUUCUGCACAAGAUGUCCAGUCAGAACCAAUGUUACUAUGAUGAGCGCAUGGGGUUUUUUUACAACAAAAGCAAUCAAGUGAUUGAAGACUGGGAGUUCACGCAUCUCGUUGUGCUUCAGUGUGUGGGCUACAUUUUCUGCUGCUUCAUCCUGGUGUCCAACGCAAUGGUCAUCACCGCUGUGAUCACCAACAAACGGUUUCACUAUGCAUUCUAUUAUCUUGUGGCCAACCUUGCUGCUUCUGACCUUCUUGCUGGGAUCGCAUAUUUGUAUCUCGUGUUCAACACGGGUGCAGUUUCCCAAACGCUGACGGUACAGAAGUACUUUCUUCGCCAGGGCCUGUUGGACACAAGCCUCUCAGCCUCACUCGCAAACCUGCUGGUGAUUGCUCUGGAGCGCUACAUCUCCAUCAUGAACUGGAAAGUACACAGUAACCUUACAAAGCGCCGGGUAACCCUCUUGAUCUUGCUGGUUUGGGUCAUCUCCAUCUUUAUGGGUGCAGUACCAAGCCUGGGCUGGAACUGCAUCUGCAAUAUCCGACAGUGCUCAAUGUUGGCACCAAUCUUCAGCAGGAGUUACCUGAUCUUCUGGUCAGCAUUCAACCUGGGGAUUUUCCUCAUUAUGGUAGCCAUAUACUUAAGGAUAUAUGUCUAUGUGAGGAAGAAAACAAAUCACUUAAAUGGCAAUGCCACUGGAUCUUUGAAACGCAAGAAGACGCCAAUCAAGCUCAUUAAAACAGUGAUGACUGUAUUGGGGGUUUUUGUGAUCUGUUGGACACCUGGUUUCGUGGUGCUGCUCCUGGAUGGCUUACAAUGUGAGAAAUGUAAUUUGCUGAAGUUUAAGCGCUGGUUUCUUCUUCUGGCUGUCCUCAACUCUGUGAUGAACCCUAUUAUAUACUCUUACAAGGACAAUGAGAUGUGGGUCACCAUCAAGAAUUUGCUGCGAUGUGUCUGUAACGGCACCCGUCGCCAGAGGUCAUCUAGGGCCAACACUCGUGCUACCACCUCAAGCACAGAAAUGAGUACCAGUUUACGUCACUCAAUAGAAAGAAAGACAACACAGGACAUACAGAAGACCUAAAAGCUCUGCUUUGUUACAUAGGUAUUCCUAUCCCGAGCAAUGUAUUUUCAUGUACAGUUUUUUUUCCCUGAACAAUGUCAUGCAAAAAAAUCCCACUGGUACUUUUUAAUGGUGUGAUUUGCUAUUAGCAAGAGACUUAAACAAUUAUUAGAAUUUAUUUUCUCCUGUGGGAAAUGGCAGAAAAUGGAGCCCACUAGCAUCAUUUUUGUGUUUGACCUCAAUAAUUUGUUAGUACUGUACGUUCAGUUUUUUUUUUUGAGUGCCUUGAAAUUGUAUAGUAUGUUAAGCUUGAGCCUGAAUUGAAAUUAUUAUUAUUAUUAUUUUAUAUGUGAGGUGCUUUAAGUCAGGAGUCAUUUUAAAUAUGUCUAGCACUUUUUUUUUUUUUAAAUUAUUAUUAUAACUGUAAAAAUGAAAUGCACAAAUAGCCAGAACUGUGGAUUUGUAACUACUGUAUUUUAUUUUAAAGUUAACCUUCUUCAAAUGUAUAUCUCAAUUUUAUAUGGACUCAACAAAGACCACCAGGGCCAGGCAUUCUUUAUGAGCUCCAGCAUGCCAUCAACCAGAGGAAGGGACUCAAAGCAACAAAGUAUCUCAGAUCAAAAACAAGACUGUCUGUCCCAUUCAGAGCUUUAAUAGAAACCUUCAGAAAUUUAUUCAUUCAUUCAACACGAACCAGUAUAUCCUGCUCGGGGGUUGUAGUCCUUAGAAACAUUGAGCUUGAGGCAUCAAUACUUUCCAGUCCAUUGCAGUCUUUUCAAACUAUUAUUCAGUACUCUCUGCUUGCCUUGACAAGUCCCAACUGUAUAUCAUGACAUCUAGAGUCAUAGUUUUACCGCAGAGCUCACUAGAGCCAAAAUGAACUGUUGUGCAACCUGCAUGAAAACAGAAAAGACACUCCUCCUACGUGGUUAGCUGUGCCUACGCAAGUCUUUCCCAUGUUUCAAUGUAGUAAAGUGAUAUAGUCAUCCUGAAAAUCAUGAGCAUAAUACAAAAGAUAGUGCUAUAUAAAAAAAAAUAAUCAAACGAUUUCUUUUCUUUGGUAUGGAAUUUAUCAUGCAAAGCAAGAAGAAAUACCAAAGUAGUCGCAAACAUGGCUGCAAACCUGUUUUACCUCUUUUAUCAGUGGGAUGGUCUCAGAUGCAUUACUCAUUACCUCAGUCUGAUGCAAUGCAUGCUCUGGCUGAUUGUGUGAGUUUGGUAGGUAUUGCAACAUUCUGGAUUAUUGUAAGCAUAUCCUAUGUCAUGUCCUACUAUAAUCUCUUGAACCUUUGUACAGAUUGUUGUGGAAUAACCACCUUUACUGUCUCUUCCAUGCUUAGGAGUAAAUUACAGGGACUUUUUUAAUAUGAUCUCAUGCAACUACUCCUCAUGUGAGUCAUGUCAGUUUGUCACAUUAAUAAAAUGCUUGAUCUGCCCUUCCUGUGAAAAUCGCAAUCUCACAGUAACUAGGACCAACCACAUACUGAAGCCCAGAAUUUCAAGAAGGAUGUUUUCUAUUAGUACCUGCUGUAGAGUGAAAGUGUAUACAUACGGAAAACACGUGCAUGUGUCUCGUUAGAGUGUCUAAUAUUCAUUCAUUGCUGAUCUUGAGAUGUCAAGGUGAAGUGUCCUUUUGAGUCCAGGUGCUUUCCUGCUCACAAUAAAUUGCUAAUUGACUGCA